GGGAUAUGUAUAGAGAAUUGGGCAGAAUUAAUACAUCACUAAUAAGUUUUCGCAAAUAUGAAGUAUAUCAUUGAACAUCUAGAGCAGGAAGUUGGUAAAUGGUGUGUGUGCGAGUACACGCAUAUGGCCAAGUGUGUGGGGAAGGACAAUUUGAUAAUAUCAAACGUAAACAAAGAGGAUGCUGCGAUUUUACCCGAAGGAGUGAAGAAGGUGUCAGAACGAUGCAACGAACUGGGAUUCGAUCCUUCCAGAGUUUGCUUACUAGACUUGAGGGCCGAUAAAGAAUUGUCACCUGAAGAUUUGACUGAAUUUGAUGCUGUAGUCUUUGGUGGAAUUCUGGGCGAUCACCCGCCUCGCGAUCGUACUGGAUGUCUGAGAACACAUGGAUUCACCACCCGGGUGCUGGGCAAUCGACAAAUGUCGACAGACACAGCAGUGCUCGUCUGCAAAACCAUAUUGGAGGAUGGCAAGAAACUAUCUGAAAUCGAGUUUAUAGAUGACAUCGAGUUGAAGACGGGCGAGAAAGACUCGACACUGCUGCCUUAUCGAUACGUGGCAACAAGCGAGCACAAGCCAUUGCUAGCCGAUGGACUCAUUGAGAUACUUAGGGAUGACGAAGAGAACUGUUUGUUCUAAAGCUAUUUAUUAAACUGUUAAAAUUUACUGGGAAGUUGCG